AUGAAGCGUUACGAGCACAGCCUUUUCUUUUUAUUCGUCCUACAUGGCCUCGCGACUCGUUCUUUCGCCGAACGGAUAACGUUGAACGUGAACCUGAAGAAGCCGAUCGCGGUGACCGAUGAGAAGUUUCUCAGUCUUACCAUUGAUCCGGUAACCCUAUUGGCCGGAAAUGCGCUCAGCAAGGAUUUCGAGAGAAGCGUAAACCUGGCGAAAGCCAUGGCUCCCGCGUAUAUACGACUCGGAGGACCACGGACUACCCCUGGCUACUUGACCGAUCAGGAUUCUCGGGGCACCGAAGAGAAGAGGGAAAGCUUGCUGUCCGAGUCCGAUUGGGUCCUGACCCAUCAAUGGGCAGAAAAGGCAGGGUUGGAUGUGAUAGCUUGCAUCUCGCCAGACAAUCGACAAAGGAAGUUUGAGCAGUCUGAAGAUGCGACGGAGAUAAUUUCUUUCAGCGAUCACAUGGGCUUUAACGCGAAUUGGCAGCUGGGAUAUGAGUGCCAAACUAAAUGCAAUCUAUCAGCCGGUGAUUUAGCGAAGCAAACGCUGCAUCUGCGAAAAGUAUUGAACGAAUUUCCUAGAUACUCGAGCAGCAUCAUUACCGGGCCCGAUGUCUUAAUUUAUAACAGCGAGAAGCAACGAAAGUACCUUCGAGAUUACUUCGCUACCGCUGCGCCUGCGCUUUCAGCGAUCACGUGGCAUCCCAACUUUGCCAGCGUUACCUUGGACGAUGGAGGAGCUUUCAUUCACCGUGAUAAUUUGCAAGAGGAUAAAGAAGAAUUGGUGAAAGUCAUAGGUCGAUUCGUAGGGGACCAACCGCUAUGGAUCGCCGAGUCUAGGCCAGAAGAGUGCAAGAAUUUGUUCAUCGGGGCACUUGUUCUGACGAGGAGACUAGGGAACGCGGCGAGGGCAAACGUAAAAGUAGUCAUGAGGCAGCCAACGAAUCUAGCUUGGCCAACUCCGGAUUACUGGGUGUCUCUGUUGCACAAAACUCUCGUUGGGCGAGAAGUAUUCGACUCAAGGAGCGAAAUUAGCAACGAGAAGCACGUCUACCUUUAUUGCCAUUGCGCGAAGGCUUCGAGCAGACACGAGAAGGGAUCGAUCGUGAUAUUUGGGAUGAACUUGAGCCCCGAAGAUGCGACGAUUAAUUUGAAAACACCCAACAUCACCACGGCUCACGAGUAUAUUCUCUCGCCUGGUUUCGAUGCCCCCAACAGAAUGUUUGCCGAGACUGCUUUCUUCAACGAUAAAUUGUUGACUUUGAUCAACGACACGAUUCCCGAUAUCUACCCAGAGGUUUUGACCGACGCGAAUGGUCUAGAUCUUCGUCUGCGGUCUGGUGACAUUGGAUUUUGGGUUAUCCCCGGCGCAAAAAUAAAUUCUUGCAUGAAAAGCGACGGUGCGUCGAAGGAGAGAACGUCUUCGAGAAUACGAGUUCGACGAAACCUCGAAGAAGACGUAAAAGUACACGUUGCGCGCCGAUCUGCGCAGGAUCAUGCAAGCGCAAAAGACAGCAGAAGGAGGCAGAGAAGUCUCGGGUUGAUAGAGAGAGAGCUGAAAAAAAUGAAGAAAUUCGUGAGGAAGCAAUUGGACGAUUACGAGAGUAGAUCGUUGCUGAGCAUCCGAGGUUUAUCCAGCUCGGAAGAUGCAAAUACCAAAGACUCGACGCGACCACGGGACGACUUGCAAAAUAGAUUACAAGAAUUCAAGGGUCGUCUCACGCGGUUCGCAAAUUCAGCGGGGUCGAAUGGCGAGUCUCGGUGGAGAAAAUCGAUCAGCGAACUCGCCGCUAAUGUGGUACCAUUGGUACUGAAGGUACAGACUGAUCUAGAAACCGUGAAGGAGGAAAGCAAUUACGAGAACAGAAUGAAAUCGUCUAGCAGCGUAAAAGAGACUCUGAAGACUCUCUACGAACUCUUGGUCCAUACGAAGUUAAACGAAUCGAUCGACUCUAAAGAGGACGAGGUGAAUCAGGAAUCGAAAAGGACCAGGAGAGAUCUGCUCGGCGAGAUCGGGCAGCCUUUGAACUUGGAAAGGGAAAGUCUUUCGAGAAAAGCAUCCGAGAACGGCAACGUCAAAGGGGGUAGAGGCGGUCGAAAGAUUAAAUGGUGGGAGAACAUUAGGAAAAAGAUGCAACCGACAGUCGUAGAAUUGGAUAGCACGGAGACCGGUGGAAACGUGUUUAACGUAGACUCUACGGAGGAUUUUCCAAAAGGCGACGUAUUUUUCGUUGCCUUGGAUCCUCCGCGAAGCAGAGACUACGAGUACACGGAGGACAUGGAUCCGAGAGAUCCAAGGCUCGAUGGAAGCGCUCGAAUGCAGCCCUCGGGAAUAGACUACGUUAACGCUGAUAACGUAUGGGCUGGCGAUGAAAAUGACUACCCUUUCUACGAGCCUAUAGAAUACGUUGGAAAUUCGGGAUCGUUGAAUAAUCGAAUGAAGCUAAAUUCGGAAAGCCCUGGUAGGCGAUGGGAAGCGAAAACCUAUGGAUCUCGGAAAAAUGAUAGAUUCGGCAAUGAAAAGGAAUUUAAGAUCGCGGGGAUUCGAACGGACGCAAAGCCCGAAAUCCAGGAUGAUAAGAGUAGCUCGAGAAGAUUGGAUGGUUAUUACGAGUCUAGUAGUUUUCUAAAAAAUCAUAGACCUACGUACAGAACGUUCAUGCCUGACGAAUCCGUUGCCAGAUCUGGCUUAUCUAGGCAACCGCCGUCUGAAAGGAUAAAUUAUGAUAAUUGGAAAGCUUCUGGUUAUGGUCUAAGUUCCCCUUUGAAAGGAUUGGAUUUCUCGAUCGGAACUGAUUAUCAUGAGAGUAGAAGACCUAAAAGAAGGAAUACAGACCUGCACGCUAUACUUGAUCAAGAAAUGAUCAACGAAGACGAUGCGAAUUCAAAGGACUGCAAUUGCAGAGUUAUUCGACAGUCGAAAAGCUGCGACUGUCGAUCGAAGAGGGACGCUAUUGAAUCCAUGGAAUCCCGGGCAGACACGGGCAUCGUUCCCAAUGAGCAAGUGAUAGCGGACCUGAAUAAAGAUAUAGUUCGUUCGAAUUUACGCGACGAUACAGACGUAGAAAUAUUUGCAGAGCUGAAAGACUCGCCCACGGAGAAACUAGAGCUGCAAUCUCGAUCUUCGAACCCGAAAAUUAUACAGACUGCGGGAGCGCCUUUGGGAACUCGGACGAAUUCGGAAGAUCUUGGAAAGGAUCCACGGGAAAUGAAAAGAGCGGAAAAACGUUUCGAGUCCAAUAUUCCUACUUUGGAAAGUAGAUCGGAUUACCAAUCCAAGGUGCAGCCAACAAAUCUACCGACAACUUUAAAUUCAGGAGCACCCGCAAACUCGGGCCAAACCUCGAUGACAUCGAUUAAACGCGCUGAAAAUAAUUUCUUUCGUGGCGAAUCCGGCAGGGAAGAGGAGAAAGGGAUAACGAGCAGUACGCAGCAUACUUGGACUAAUCGAGAAAAUUCUACACCCUUCGUCAGUGAGAGGGUUGCAGAUGAAAAUGGAGAGGCUGAGGAAGCCGAGGAAGCCGAGGAAGCCGAGGCUUCGAGGACCGAAAGUUCAAGCACGACAGUUAAGACGGCCACUUUAUCAGCGGGAACUAUCAGGAAAGAAUUCGAAAACAAUUACGAUAACGCUGCAACAGUGAGCUCGAAACGGGAGACCAAAGUCGAACAAGUUUCCCAUAAAAGACCUGUAGAAACUAAAGUCGCGAAGUCUGCUCAGUCAUCGGCCGCUCGUAAACGAAGCAAGAACCGAAUGCACGUUGCUAAACCUCAGGAUCCUGAAAUAUUGAAACGACUAAGAACUCUGACAGCGUUGAAAGACCUGCUCCGCAAAUACAGCGAAUCGCACAGAGCGGCGACCGCGUCGAAGUUGAAAGUAGCGAACAAGGCGGAGGAAUAUCGGAAGAAUCGGGCGGAACAGGUGAAAAAAUUGCAAGACAAAUUACAACAUAAAAGAGAAACGUUGUUGCAGGAAUCCGAGAAAAAUAUUCGCGACAUGGUCGACGAGGAAACCAACACGGAGAAAAGGAAUCUGAAAAGGAGAGAAGCAUGGGAGGCGAUCAAAGAGAGCGAAGAUUUCCGAGAUAUGCUUAAUCGGGAGGAGCUAGCUUACAUACUGAUGUAUAAGCCGUCCAGGUUUGACGAGAAAAUCGAGGUCGAUACGAGCGACGAGAUGACGGAGAGUGUGCAAGUACCGAUAACUGAAAUCGUCAGGGCGAAGAAUGUCAGGGAGAGAGUUUUCAAUCCUAAAGUUCAAAAGAAUCAUCGCGAUACGACGAUUAUAGAACACCCCGAUCCUAACAGGUUGAGAGAAAAGAUUAUACAAUUGACCAACUUGUACCAGGAUCAGGCGUCGAGAAGAUCCAACGACAAGAGGAGAGACAGGACCUACUUCGCACUGGUGGAAGACGUGGAAAGGCCACGGAUAUUCUAUUAUGAACAGAGCCCGGGAGACGAACCGAGGAGGAAUAUGCGGGCAGCUUCGCCACGCUCACUUUUCCACCAUACCGAGUACACGUACAAUCAACUUCGACAGAAGCCUUACCACGGAAGUCUUAAAGCCGCUCAAUAUUCCAGCGAAGAAGAUCAGGAAGAAUCAGAUGAACUCCCCGAGGGCAAAGAAAUAUACAUAAUCGAUCCUUCCGAGUACAAAGGAGGGGAUCCUCAUUUGCGAUUGUACAGAGGGCCGACGAGAUCGGGAAUUAAUGGAAAAAUCGCUUCGAGGAAUACGUACGAAGCGAUUUGGGAGCCCGUCUCGUACAGGCCUUACAAAAUUCGCGAAACGUCGCAGCAGAAACGCGAAGGCAAAGUUCUCAGCCAAGAUUCCAUAGGUCUGUCGAAAAACACCGGCAAGCUGUUAAAGAUUCUGGUCGACAAUCUCGAUUCUCAUACCGCCGAGGAACUUUUGAAGAAAUUAACGGGGCACAGCGUGGCGAGCAACAAGAAACAAAAUUUAUUGCGUUCGAUUGGCGAGGCAGCGAAAGAGCCGGAAGAAGAUGAGCCGGAAGUUAGUCAAGACGAAGAACUCGAGGAAACUUCUGGAAGCAAGGAAGAUCCUGACAAGAGCGAAUCCUCCGAUACACGAGGGACCAGGGAACAAAGGGAAAGUUAUCGAGACGCCACGACAGAGGAAGAAACACAAACCGAGGAAGAUAAUAUUUCCGAAGCGCUGAUUCCUCGAGAAAAUACCACGAAUAAUGCUAAUCCGAAGGGAGAUUCGGAAGAAGUAGAAGCGGAGCACGUUCGAAAACGGGAAGACACGAGUGCCGAAUCGAAAGAGGAAUACCUAGGGUCUCCGCCUUCGUCCUUCGUACCGAAACCACCGAGCAUAAUCGAGAAAACAGAACUGAACAAUUACUUACGUUUAAAGCAAAGUCCAAAAGCGAUUUCCAGCCAAAGUCCAUCCGAACUUCUUAAACCGUACGACGAGACUCCGGCAAGUUUAAAGGAGCAGGAUCAUUCGAAGAGCAGAAGCGAGUACAGUGCCGAGACGUUUAAUCCGAAAUUUCUAAUUCCAUCGACGUCGAUGUCGUCUGGUUCCUUUGCUUCCGAGGAUACCGUCGGAUACUCGUCGAUCCAAGCGAAUCCACACGCAAAGGAUCCCCAUAAAAAACCAGCCGAAAACUACCGGGACGCGUUGAACUCUGCGGAAGAAGAAGGAUCGAAAUCGAAGAAAAACGAGGAACCCUCGGACGACGUUUCGUCUGAUCAUAGAGACGAGAGCGUAUCCAACACGCGAGAACUUUAUAACACGGAUGAAGAAAAGGGUGAAAGGAGCAAACGAAGUAACAAGAACGCGAAUUUGGAAGUAUUGCCCUUUAAUGAACCUGAAACAAUGAUGACGUUACCAUGGGCAAGAAGAUCUAGCAGUAGACUUCGGAGGGAUGCAGAGGAAAUCGGCGAAUAUGGUAACGCGAACGAGCUGCAGCCCUCGGACAUGCAACAUCUAGAGGAACCUUCGAGCCCAAAAGUUCCGGUAUUUAGCGAGAUGGACGACGUGGAAGAAUCGCUGAUUCGAAAGAUAUCUCGUGAAAAAUUCACGACGAAAGAGAAUAUAGGGAAAAGUGAGAAAGGCGAAGAUGGAUUAUCGUCUCUUCUGGAGAGGAACAUACCAAAGUUAGGAAACGUUGUGCUCGACAGUUUAGGAAAAGCUGAGAAUUUUAGCGAGUCGGUGGUGCAAUUAAUAGGAAACAUAGACGAGAACUAUAACAAGACGCUGGCAGAGAAUGAAGGAAGAAAUUUCACUGAUACUUCGACUACAUCGAUAAGUCCAACUCGAAACAUCUUUUGCAACGCGAUAAUGAACGUGAAAAAGCUUUUUAUGUUAUUUAGUGGCAUCACGAAUCUCCUUCGAGGAUAA